GAUGCCGAAUAAGAAGAUGUCUUAUGUUUCUAACCCGACACCAGUAAGCCUGCAGAUUCUGAGAGUCAACGACCAAUCUUUCCAACUGAAGAAAAUUGUCCUUAAUUUCCACGAGAAGCUUCUAUGGAUACCAGCCAAAUGAAAUGAGUAAUUAUUAUUAUCUCCACAUCAAAUUAAUUCUCCAGAGGCCUGUAGAAAUAUUUACAGCCCCUUAUCUGAAAAAGAACGUUCUGCAAGCCGUCAAGCAACUGUUUGGGGAAAUUGCAGCUGCCGUUUGCAUCGACGUGUUGAAAUUGAAUCCAGAAACACUAGAAGCAGUCCUUCGAGUUCCCAAGUCCCACUACGUGAAGGUAAAAGGAAGUCUUGUCCUCAGCGGACUGUACGAGGGCCAGCAGUGCACCUAUCGCCUGGAAAAGUGCUCACCUUUAUUGCUAGCGCUUCAGGGAGACAGCCGAGAGUAUAAGCAUUAGUCCAAGGGAGCUGCAGCGAAAAUGUCUCACUGCCGAAAGAUGGGCUUAAAUGGCAAGGAUCUAGUCAUUUUUGCUACUAAGGAAGACCAUUCCGUGCCCAGCACAAUAGCCCUUCCUCCGCCAGAUCCCCAGCCCGGCCUUAUACUAGCGAAUGGGGACAUAAACUGGAACUGUCCUUGCCUGGGGGGCAUGGCAACAGGCCCUUGCGGGGUGGAAUUUCGGAAUGCUUUCAGCUGCUUUCACCAAUCGAAGUCUGAACCAAAAGGAAGCGACUGUUUGGAUAAGUUCAAAACCAUGCAAAUGUGCAUGCAGAAGUUUCCCACGCUGUAUAAUAGAGAAUUGACUGAUGAUGACGAACUGAGCAGUAUGGCCGAGGCCGAAACUCAAGCUGAAGCUGCUGAACCAUCAGGCACAGAUAAAUAGCCAACAGCAGCAGGAUGAGGUUUCUUUGAAAGGGUGUUGCACAUUUUGGUUCGCGUUUAGUUGCUCGUAGUGUUUUACAGAUAGAUUUAAGAGCUAUAUUAAAUAUGGUUUAUUGA